AUGAACAGUACUGAUCGUCAAUGGAAAGAAGUAAAUCCAACUGACCAACCUAAAGUUAAGUGGGAAGAAUAUCUGGAGAGAACAUAUGGACCAGAAGCAGAAAGACUAAGAGAUGAAACUACCGCUGAAUCCUACAAAGAAGCUGUUCGUCAUGACAGACGAAGAUGGGUUGCUGCUGAUUUAGACAAAGAUAAUCAAUUGACUAAAACAGAAUUCACUGAUUUUGUACAUCCAGAAGAUAGAGAAAAUAUGCGUGAUGCUGUUAUUGAUGAAUUGCUUGAAUCUGUGGACAAAGAUAAAGAUGGAUAUGUGUCUGAAAAGGAAUAUUUAACUGAUCUGUCUCGUGCUUAUCAAAGUACUCCACUGGAUGAUAAUGAACCUGAACCAGAAUGGGUUGAACGUGAAAGAAGUCAAUUUCGUCGAUUCAGGGAUACUAAUCAAGAUGGUAAAAUGGAUAGGACAGAAGUUGGUGAAUGGAUUAUGCCAUCAAAUUAUGAUCCUGUUGACGCUGAAACAAAACAUUUAUUUUAUCAUGCUGAUACUAACAAAGAUGGUCUUUUAACCGAAAAUGAAAUUAUUAUGAAACGAGACAUUUUUGUCAGUAGUCAAGCUACAAACUAUGGAAAUGCACUACAACACCAUGAAGAACUUUAA